AUGGCUCGGAAGAAAGUGACAUGCUUCUCGGUUCAGCUGUACAUACUGUUGAGCAUUAUCGUGGGUACAAUUUACUUUCAUCACGUUAAAGAGUCUGAUUUCAAGCCUAACCGUUACUACACGUGCACCGCCGAGAAUACGAAGCUCAAGGACUACAAGUUUGGCAGCCAGUUCCGUCUCGAUGUCACCAAAAAUCGUCGAAGAGCACUGACGUCGCCGAUACCUCCAAGUGAGCAGUAUGUAAAUCAGAGUGCUCCGAUCGCACUGCAAGGAACAACACAUAAGUUGCAUUGUCUCUUCAGUGGAUUGUAA